AUGGAAGGUAAACUGUCGCGUACAGCAAAGAAGCUUACAUCCUCUCCCAUUCAAGAACUCUCCCACCUUGCUCAGAGAUGCAACGCUAUCAACCUCGCCGAAGGCUUCCCGGACUUCCCUGCUCCUCUCCACAUCAAAAAUGCCGCCGUUUCCGCCAUCAAUUCCGACCUCAAUCAGUACAGGCACGUGCAAGGUAUAUGUGAACACUUGGCCAAGACCGUGAAGGAAAUGCAUGGCUUAGACAUCGACCCUCUUACGGAUGUAGCUAUUUCUUGUGGUCAAACUGAGGCAUUUGCAGCUUCAAUCUUCGCAACGAUUGACCCGGGGGACGAAGUCAUACUUUUUGACCCUUCUUAUGAAACAUAUCAAGGAUGUGUGACCAUGGCCGGUGGUGUCCCUAUACAUGUACCGCUUGACCCGCCUCAGUGGACUUUGGAUCCAAACAAAUUGCUGACAUCAAUUACUGAGAGAACUAAAGCCAUUGUGGUGAAUAGUCCUCACAAUCCAACUGGCAAGGUUUUCACAAAAGAUGAACUUGGGACUAUUGCUGAAGCAUGCUGCAGCCGAAACUUCCUAGCUAUAACAGAUGAAGUGUAUGAGCAUAUAACUUAUGAUAACCAAAAACAUAUAUCCCUUGCCUCAUUUCCAGGCAUGCAAGAACGGACUAUUAUAACAUCUUCUUUGUCAAAAACAUUUAGCGUCACAGGUUGGAGGGUCGGAUGGGCAAUUGCACCAGCCUGUAUUGCGUCUGCUAUCAGAAACAUUCACGUAAUAGUUACAGAUUCUGCUCCAGCUCCCUUUCAGGAAGCUGCUUUGACUGCUUUGAGUAGCCCCCCUGAAUACUUUGAAUCACUGAGAAGAGAUUAUCAAUCAAAAAGAGAUUAUAUCGUCAAGUUGCUGGCGGGAGUUGGUUUUAAAAUACAGUUUAUACCUCAAGGCUCCUUCUUCUUAUUCGCAGAGAUUCCUGAGAAUUGUUCCCUUUCAGAUGUAGAAUUUGUUAAAAAGUUAAUACUAGAAGCCGGGGUGGUGGCUGUUCCAGGACAAGGAUUUUUUCAUACCAACAACCUAUCAUCAAAUGAAGCUUCUAAUGCAAAUUGUAAUUACCAAAAGAGAUACAUCAGGUUUGCAUUUUGCAAGAGCGAGGCAACUUUGGCAGCGGUUUCAGAAAGACUAGGAAAGCUUUUGGAUGCUGCAGGGCAUCUUGCACUACAUUGA